GAGAGAAGAGGGGAGGGGUGGGGGCGAGAGGUAAAUAGUCUUAAAUCGGAAGGGAGCUGCUUCUCUGUGGUCUUGACAAGCGCUGCCUGGGCUCCGCCGGCUCAGUAAUAACUGAGUGACCUUUUCUUUGGCUGUAUUAUGUCUGGCUGGGAAGGGAUUGCAUUUUGCUGCUGAGAGCCGGGGCUUCUUCAGCUCGGCUCCUCGCACGCUGCUGGGGUAAGUUGUCUUGAGCCCGGACAGAGAGAGACAGCCUUGGACUGCAGUUGCCUAAAAGGAGAACACCUGUGGCUCAGAUGCGGUCAACACCAUUACUUGGCGGAUCCUUGAGGACCUCAUUAUUUUAAACUUAAAAAAUAGAGAUUCCCUCCCCCCUCUUUUUUUUUUUCAAACAAUGCUUCUUUUUGACCUUUCCCAAGGAGAAGCGCUACAAAGCAGCCACUGUGCUUACUGAACGGCCUCCCCCUGUAUCGCUUAAUUGAGAAGGUAUACAAAUGCUCUCAGUUCAGCCAGACACCAAGCCGAAAGGUUGUGCUGGCUGCAACCGAAAGAUCAAGGACCGGUAUCUUCUAAAGGCACUGGACAAAUACUGGCAUGAGGACUGCCUGAAGUGUGCCUGCUGCGACUGUCGAUUGGGAGAGGUGGGCUCCACCCUGUACACUAAAGCUAAUCUUAUCCUUUGUCGCAGAGACUACCUGAGGCUUUUUGGUGUAACAGGAAACUGUGCUGCCUGUAGCAAGCUCAUUCCUGCCUUUGAGAUGGUGAUGCGUGCUAAGGACAACGUCUACCACCUGGACUGCUUUGCCUGUCAGCUCUGUAAUCAGAGAUUUUGUGUUGGAGACAAAUUUUUCCUAAAGAAUAACAUGAUCCUUUGCCAGACGGACUACGAGGAAGGUUUAAUGAAAGAAGGUUAUGCACCCCAGGUUCGCUGAUCUAUCAACAUCACCCCAUUAUGAAUACAAAGCACUACAUUCUUUUAUCUUUUUUGCUCCACAUGUAUAUAAGAAUUGACACAGGAGCCAACUGAAUAGCGUAGAUAUAGGGAAGCAGGAUGGUUAUAUGGAAUAAAAGGCGGACUGCAUCUGUAUGUAGUAAAAUUGCCCCAGUUCAGAGUUGAAUGUUUAUUAUUAAAGAAAAAAAAAGUAAUGUACAUAUUGCUGGAUUUUUUUGCUUGCUAUUCGUUUUUGUGUCACUUGGCAUGAGAUGUUUAUUUUGGACUAUUGUAUAUAAUGUAUUGUAAUAUUUGAAGCACAAAUGUAAUACAGUUUUAUUGUGUUACCAUUUGUGUUCUGUUUGCUUCUUUGUAUUGUUGCAUUUAGUACAAUCAGUGUUUAAACUUACUGUAUAUUUAUGCUUUCUGUAUCUACCAGCUAUUUUAAAUGAGCUGUAACUUUCUAGUAAAGAAUUGAAGAGAAAAAUCUCACUAAUGAUACACAGAUAGAUAAAGCAAGUCUAUCAACAUUAAAAGUACUAAAAAAUAAAGACACACACAAAGCA